UACUACCUUUGUGAGCUUGUCGAUUCUGACACUGCUGAAAGUUUGCAUCAGCUGAAGCUCCAGAAGACCAAGCAAGCAGACAUGGGCUGGGAUGGAGGAGAGCAAAAUGGAACCGAGGGAAAGAACUUCUACAUCCCAAUGUCCAACCGGACGGGGGUUGUCAGAAGCCCCUAUGAAUACCCUCAGUACUACAUGGUCGACCCAAUAAUGUACAAGAUUCUGGCUUUCUACAUGUUCUUCCUGAUCUGCACUGGAACUCCCAUCAACGGCUUGACGUUGUACGUAACAGCGACCAACAAGAAGCUUCAGCAACCUCUCAACUUCAUCCUGGUGAACCUGGCGGUGGCCGGACUCAUCAUGUGCGCCUUUGGCUUCACCAUCACCCUCAAUUCAAGCUUUUAUGGCUAUUUUGUUCUUGGACCCACCUUCUGUGCCGUUGAGGGAUUUAUGGCCACACUUGGAGGUCAAAUUGCUCUCUGGUCUCUGGUUGUCCUGGCUGUUGAGAGAUAUAUUGUUGUCUGCAAACCCAUGGGGAGCUUCAAAUUCACAGGAACUCACGCCGCAGCUGGAGUCCUUUUCACCUGGGUAAUGGCUCUGGCUUGUGCUGCUCCUCCACUGCUUGGUUGGUCCAGGUACAUCCCUGAAGGCAUGCAAUGCUCCUGUGGACCCGACUACUACACUCUGGCUCCUGGCUUCAACAAUGAGUCAUACGUCAUGUAUAUGUUCUGCGUGCACUUCUGCAUCCCAGUCUUCCUCAUUUUCUUCACUUAUGGAAGUCUGGUGUUGACUGUCAAAGCUGCAGCAGCGCAGCAGCAGGACUCAGCUUCUACCCAGAAGGCUGAGAAGGAGGUAACACGUAUGUGCCUGUUGAUGGUCUUUGGCUUCCUGGUAGCUUGGGUUCCGUACGCCAGCUUUGCUGGCUGGAUUUUCCUGAAUAAAGGAGCUUCCUUCACUGCCCUGACUGCCUCCAUCCCUGCUUUCUUUGCUAAGAGCUCAGCAUUGUACAAUGCUGUUAUCUACGUGCUGCUGAACAAACAGUUCCGUAACUGCAUGCUGGCUGCCAUUGGAAUGGGAGGCUUGGUGGAGGAUGAGACCUCAGUGUCAACAAGCAAGACAGAAGUCUCAACUGCAGCUUAAGGACCACAUGUCUUAAUUACAACAACCUCUUUAAGUCUGACACUUUCAUUUAAAAGAUCCUUUUGAGAUUUUAAAGGAAGCACUUAAAAAAAGAAAAAGUUUGGAAUGUUUUGCCAAAAAAGUAUCUUUCAGUUUGGAACAAUUAAGGAAUUCAUUGUGGUUUCAUCAGUAUGGAGGUUUUCUUCAACAACAUAUUCUGAGGAACUCAUCUGUGAUGCAUUUUCACAGAAAUGCAUGUGGGAACUUGCUUUACUGAUUGUUUGCAUUAUUUUUAUGUAUUUUGCGAAAAACAGAUAAAAAUCUGUAAUGAAUAGAUAAUAAAUGCAUGCAUUUAAAAGAAAA